AUGAUAUACUACGACUCGGCGCCCUUAUGGGGAGUGCUCAUGCGUUGGCACGGGUCCGCAUUGAACGGCCAAGCUCCGCUGCGUGCUUUGUUCAUGACAACGAUCGCGCUGACUGUUGCGGUCGUGAAUCGCUACUACCCGUUUGUGGUUUCCACGCGCACAUCCACGGCGUUCACGGAUUCCCUGACAGUGUUCAAUACGUUCCUUGGACUCAUCAUUUCCUUCCGCAUGAACUCUGCAUUCAACCAGUGGCGCGCCGGCGUUGUGGCCGUAGGGGCUCUUGCCGAAGCUGCUCGUGAUAUCGUGAGCUCUGGCUGUGCAUACGUUAGCACGACGAUCAAGGAGGAACUUACUGCUGCAGCCGAAGCAGCGGAGAGUGGCGCGGACACGUCAAAGAUGGCGAGUUCAUCCCAUAACCCUCGGUCUCCUAUCCAUUCGAACGUACCGACGACUAUCCCUCAAGACAUUCUUGAAAAGUGUACAUUCUUCACCGAGCUGCGCAGACUCGUGUUCCUGUACAUUGCGAUUGUGUUUCACGAUUGUCGGGGGUUGAAUGAGAUCGAGAAGCUCAAGGAAUCAGGUGUGCUGACCAACACCGAGUACGAUGAGCUCUGUGCAUGUGGCUCAGAACACACGCGACAAGUCGAGGACAAGGAGUCGUACGGGGCAGUUGUUGGUCGUACACCGCACAAACUGCGCGCCGCCAUUACCGAGCUCUGGCUCAAGAGACUCGUGCAAGUUGCUACGAAUCGAGGCCAUUUGACGCUACAAAACUCAAACAACUUGCAGAUCAAGUUAGCGCGACUGCCGAAUCUGUACACGACAGUGUUCAAUAUCGCCAACGUGCCCAUCCCGUUCAACUACAUGCAGUACCUUCAGUUUCUGCUCAGCGCGUACAUGCUGCUCUACACCUUUGUGAUCGUGCCAAGGUCUGGGUUGUACACUCCGCUGUGGGUCUUCUUGUGGGGCACGUUUCUCUUCAUGGCAGACGAAGUUGCCAUGGAGAUUGAAUGUCCGUUCGGACUGGACGCAAAUGAUAUCGACUUGGAAUCCCGGUUGCUCCAGAUCGAAGAAGAGCUCACAGUGCUUCUUCGGAGUCAAUACUACUUCCUUUCGGGAGGCUCCAGUCUAACGCGUCUGCCAGGGAUCACAAUUCAUGACGAGCGACAAUCGUCGGGCACGCUGAAGUCCGCGUCGCUUCCAAGUGGCUUUUCGUUCCACCAGGGCCGAAUUUCUCCAUCGCAUCGAGCGAUGAUGCAACAGGAUUCGCUGCCCGAGAUCGACGAGUUCUCGAACCUGAUCAAGUUUCCGAGUGGGCUCGGCAGUGACAAAAGGAGCGACUACGGGUCGGUACCCUAG